AUGCUAGAUAGAGUGCAUCCGUCGAGGGAGCCAGUCGCCAAGAUGCCGGUGCCAAUCCAGGGCCGUUACCAUUGGGGGAAGAACGCGGAGGCGCCGCCGACUUCGCCGACGUCAACACCGAUAGCGAAGACAACCAAUAUGGCGGUCGGCGGACCAGAGCCGGGCCUGUGCGAUGGCGUGGAGGCCUGCACUGUUCUCCUUAAUACAAUGCAGGUCGUUCCCCGCAAGAAACGCCAGGGCAGUUACAAAUGC